GAUCGUUCCUUGAUAAUGCUGGGGGAAGCCUUAAAUGAUCUGGGAAAAUACUAUGAAAUUCUCGAAGACUUUCAAAACGCAAAACGUAUGAAAUUUGAAGCCCUCGAAGUAAGUAAAUACACUGGAAAUGUGUUCGAAGAAAUCAUGAUUUACCGGAAUCUCGGUGACAUCCACACAUCUCUCAAAGAAUUUCCUGACGCAGAAAAUUGUUACGCGAGGGCAGUCUCUAUUAGUAGAGAGCUGGGUGACAAAAGAGGAGAGGCCUUCACUUAUAAUGGCUUAAGAGAAUUUUAUCACCGUCAAAGCAACUAUGCGAUGGCCGAGAAGUACGCUAGGAAGUCACUCGAGGUUUACACGGGAAUCGGUGACAAGGAAAACGAAGCUACUUUAAGUAGCGAACUUGGAAACCUCUGCCAUUUUCGUGGAAGAUACGAAGAGGCAUUAGAGUUCCACCAGCGAUCUUUUGACGUUUACAAGAAAACUGGUGAUAAAAUAGGAGAAGGACAACAAUAUGGUAAUCUCAGUGCUGUAUAUAAGUCAAUGGGUGAUAUCCAUAAAGCAAAGCAAUAUUUGGAGCAGGCACUGGCAAUCAACAAGAAAAUGAAUAUCACACUAGGUCAAGGAAUAGACUACGGUAAUCUUGGAACUAUCUAUCAACAGCUUGGUGAUCUUGCCAAAGCAAAGGAGUGCCAUGAGGAGGCACUAAAGUUAAAGGAAGGAACUGGCUUGCAAGAUACCAUACCAUCCGAGUACCAUCACUUGGGAAUUUCCUGUAAGAAUGAUGGAGAAUAUGUGCAGGCAAAAAAACAUUUUGAGAAGGGUCUAAAGAUGGCGAGAGAACUUGGUGAAAGAAGUCUGGAAGGAUCAUUUUUAUCCGAUUUAGGCGAAAUGGAGUCUAUCACUGGUGAGUCUGAAAAAGGAAAAACUUAUUACGAAGAAGCAUUGCAAAUCUUCGAAAAGGUUGGAGACAUCGCUAAGAAGGCAUCAACGCUCCGUAAUCUUGCGAGUGUUUAUCGGUUGGAUGGCGACCUACGAAUGGCCGAAAGUUACCUUAAAAGUUCAUUGGGCAUCAUCAAACAAAUUGGAAACAAAAAUGAAGAAAGUGCUGUUCUGGGAACCCUUGGAGAUCUGUAUUAUUCGCAAGGCGAAUAUGAGAGAGCGACAUAUGUAUACCAACAAGGACUAAGCUUAGCAAAAGAAACUUCCUGGAAAAGAGUGGAAGCGAACAUACACAAUUCCUUGGGGAGUUGUUAUGUCUAUCAAAAGGAUUUUCAAAAAGCGAAGACGUGUUUCCAACAGGCCCUUUCGUAUUCCGAAAUGAUGGAAGACCUUCGAGGCACAAGCAUUUGCUGCUGUAAUAUUGCAUCCGUUUAUUUUUUGACUCAAGAUUUUGAAAACGUUUGGUUGUACCUUAAAAGAAGUAUUAAGGCUCUUGAAGAGGCACAGACAUCAAUUGGAGAAAGCGAGUAUUACAAGAUCGGCUUUGUUGACAAACACGAUGGACCCUAUCAAUUCAUGGUUACCACAUUGAUCACAUUAGGAAAUUUUAAUCAAGCUUUGUCAGUUGUAGAGCUUGUACGAGCCAGAUCACUUGCGGAGUUGAUGGUUAAAAGAUAUUCCGCACCACCUUUACCUGACUUGGAUUCCAGCCAAUUAACUGAUUUCCGUCAUUUCGUUCGAGAUAAGAAUAAGUCCUGCCUAUCAUUCUGUUUUGUGCAAGGAGAUCUUCUUUUCUGUUGGAGUUUAAGGGCUAAACGAGAAACGAUGGUGAGAGCGGUUAAAACAGAAGAUUUCCCUGUAAACAUUCGACCUCAAGGUAUGUCAACUCAAGACUGGGUAAAGAAUCUUGCGGAUCAGUGUUACAGACAGUUUUCACUUUUGCGAGGCGAACAGUGUGAAGAUCGUUUGCUAUUUCUCCGACAAAGAUUUUGACGGACGAUCUCCAGCCGAGCCUCAAGAAAACCCACAAUUUGAACAAAGCCAAAACACCUGCCAAGUCGAGGAGAAGAAUGAAGGAGGUUCAAAUAAAGAACCACCCCUCAAAGUGUUGUAUAAAGUCAUUAUAGCUCCUAAUUUUCUGGAAGGCUCUGAGAUCAUUGUCGUCCCUGAUCGUUCGCUAUACAGAGUUCCAUUUUCUGCAUUGAUGAACGAGAAAGGCGAAUUUCUGGCAGAGAGGUUCAGGAUUCGGUAUGCUCCAUCUCUGACGACUCUCAGGCUGAUCCGAGACAGUCCUGAAGAUUAUCACAGUGAGACUGGUGUUCUUAUAGUUGGCGAUCCUGAUGUUGGCACAGUCACGCACCAGGGAAGUGAGUUAACACUUCCUCGAUUACCAAAGGCUAAAGAAGAAGCUGAGAUAGUUGGAAAGAUUCUUAAUGUUCAGCCCUUAACUGGCAAAGAAGCUACCAAGGAAGCGGUACUACAGAAGAUACACUCUGUAAGUCUCAUUCACAUUGCUGCACACGGUGAAGAAGAGAGAGGUAAUAUCGCAUUAGCUCCAUCCAACCGUGAGAAGGACGACUUUCUGUUAACAAUGGCCGACAUAUCAGCAGUCAGAUUGCGAGCCAAGCUGGUGGUGCUCAGUUGCUGUCAAAGUGGAAAAGGCCACAUCAAAGGUGAAGGAGUGGUUGGAAUAGCUCGAGCCUUCUUAGGAUCUGGAGCUCGCUCAGUGUUGGCAUCUCUCUGGGCCGUGGACGACGAAGCAACAAUGGAGUUUAUGAAGCAAUUCUAAGAGCACUUGGUGGACGGGAAAAGUGCCAGUGAAUGUCUCCACGAGACCAUGAAAUGGAUGAGGGAGAACCCUAAGUACUCGGAAGUGAGAAAGUGGGCACCGUUCGUGCUGAUUGGAGAUGAUGUGUCAUUCAAAUUCGCAAAAUAAAAUGAAAGAAACUCCUUCCUAACUGAAAGAUCGAGAAAGUAUCACGUGUCUCAACACUAUAAACAGGACCGAUGUUGCUGUUAUGAAGGAGAGGAAAUCCCUUCAUUUCAAUAGACUAUUAAUUUUGUAGUUUAUAAUCAUGGGUUUUACCAGACGUGUUCUUCAUUUGAGAAUAUCUCCGUAGUCUGCCUAGAAGUGCCAGGACGGGGACAACAUAGGAUGAAAUGCAGUUUGAGUCGAACAAGAGGACGAAAAUGAAAUUAAUUUAUUAAUAUACUGCCGUGUUAUACUGGGAUUUCCAAACCCGAGAAAAGCCGUAACAAUACACGUGAAAAAACAAAAUAAUUCGUCACUUAAAUCGCCAAUCAGCUGCCGACACGUCACUCACCUUUCGCGCUACUCGGUUAUGUUGAUGAAUGAAUGGCAAAGCCUUCACCUUUCUCAGUUAAAGGUUGUCUGUCGAAAUUGUGUCGGAUUAUGGCGGCUAAAGCACUGAAAAAUUCGUAUCGCUUACAGGCAAUGGCAUUUCUCGUGGCUGAGAACGAAAAUCGAAAAGUAGGAGAUUUGCCACAGGCCGAUUUUGCUGGUAAGGAAAAGGUCAAUAAUUGACAAUUUUGUAAAUUGAAAGUCACGUCCUUAGUUUCUUUUUGAGCCAUAUCAAAAACUCACAUUACGACUUUUUUUCGGGGACCGUGGAUCCUUUUUUUUUUUUCAGUUAUCGAUAAAGUCGACGUUCUUGUCAGUAGAAGACUUGUAUUUUUUGAUGACAAACAAAAAAAUCCAAAGUUACUUGUAGAUUUGGAAUUUCUCUUCUGAUGUCCAAAUCAUAAUUUCACUCGUGAGCUAUCGGACA